UCUGAACAUUUGAGGCGAUUAUAGAUCUUCAAGAGACGACGUUCAAACAGGUUUUUAUAUAAGACACCAUGACGAAACUCUCUUUGAUACUGACCAUGGCAUUGUGUUCUUUUACGACGCAAUCGAAGCCUGUGGACGAUGUGUGUUCCCAAUGGUCACUGCAAAACGGCGUUGCAUUCUUUAGUCACCAGGACUGCGACAAGUUUAUCCAGUGCAACCAUGACGGGCUAGGAAAAGUAGUUGGCGUAGUACAACAAUGCGGCUUCGGCACCGAAUGGAACCAAGAUCUUCUUACCUGUGUUGCUUCGUCAAUCUCCACGUGUCCACCAGCAUCAGAUAAAUGUUACCAGUUGAGUAAUGGGGAAGUUCGUAAAGCUGUCGGUAACUGCAGGGUUUCUGGGUGUGCAACAACGGCGAUUCUGUUCCAAAAUGCUGCCCUAUGGGUCAGUACUAUAAUGAAACCACUGGUUGCACAGACGUGGAAAAUGACACAGAAUGCAAUGCUAGAUGCUUCAAUGAUUAUUCAUUCCCAGACAAAUUUAAUGGUACUACUGAAAUGACCACGACGACGAAAACGCCAUGCCUUAUCAAGCGAAUUGUCCCCGAUAUUCCCAUGCAGUACGAGGAAUACAUUGUCGGUUUGGGAUGGAUCUCCAGACCAUGUCCAGCAGGUCUUCUCUACGUACAGGAUGACUGCGAAUGCACAAAGGUUGUCGCUGUGUCAAAGCCAUCCGCAUGUACUCCGGAGAUUUACCUGCCAUUCAACAACAGCCAUUAUGAUCAAUCCGGGAAGAACAAUUACAUCCUGAACGAAAACGUUGUCGUCGAUAACGGCAAGGCUGUUUUCAACGGUUACAAUAGUCAACUUGUUAUCCCACGAUUUACAAACGUCGACCCCUCCACAAUUGUCGUGAAAGUCUUAUACACCUCUGAUCACGAGAUGUUGACUCAGCCACAAACUAUUCUUUCUAACGGCAACUGCGGCCAAGGCUCUUCUAUUGGUAUCGCCGAAUCAUACGGAUCGGUCAUCUUCACUGUAGGUACAAUCACAACUAACACGAUAUCGAGCGCCACCGUGCCUGUGUACCAGACGGCCUCUCAUGAGAAGGAUAUCGUCUUAAGCUUCAACCAGGGUGUUCUAAAAGGGAAGCUGGGAAAUAACGAGAAGGUUAUGGACCAUCUAUCGCGGCAUCUUCACAGCGCUCGCUGCGCCCUCCACAUUGGUAACUCUGGAAACGUCAACGGGGGCUGGUUCAAGGGAGCUAUUGAGGAACUAUCCAUCUAUCUUUGCGCAUAGGCUCUUUAUGAACAGAUACUUAGGCAAAGCAAAAGUAAUUAUUCGAAGCAUACUCGUUUUAUUUUAUCAAGCAUAUGUUUUAAAAGACAUGGACACUUGUUUUUAUUUAUUUACUUUAUGAAAGAAGUCAACCGUAUUAUGUCCAAUUUUACACUUCAGCUUUGAUUCUCAGAAUCAUCAUUAUAAGACUUAGCUUUUUAAAUAUGUAUGGUUUUUCAUGAUACUUAUGUGUAUUGCCUUUUCCA